AUGGGGCUUGGAGUUAUUGUUGAUGAUGGUAGUGGUCUUGAGAAAUAUGUGGAGGUGGAUGAUCUUGCCCUGUGCUUUUUCGACAGUUUUAUAGCUGCUGUUUCUCCGCUUCAUGAGUUUAGCUGGUUUGAAUAUGAAGAUGAUGAAGGGGAUAUGGUUGCUGUCAGGACCGACGAUGAGUUGGCGGCAAUGAUUGCUUCAGUUGAUCAUAAUGUUCCAAUUCAUAUUUUUGCUAAAUGUGAAAUAGCAAUAGAUCCCCCGUCUUUAGUCGAUGUUGAUAACUGUACAGUCAUGCCAGAUGCUUUAAAACGAUUAUCACUUAUCUCGUCUGGCAAUUCUGGCACUUUAUAUAAAACUCUUGAUACGAAUACUGAUCAAAUAAUAGCUGUCAAAUGUAUUAGUCUUGACGGUAGUCAAGACAUUUUAACAGAUCUGCAGCGGGAGACAAAUAUACUAAGACAAUGUUCCGCUAGUCCGUUUAUAGUGAAGUUCUUAUCAGCAAUAUUGCUCGAUGGUGAAUUGUGCUUGUGCAUGGAAUAUAUGGAUGGCGGUUCUUUGGAUAGAUAUGGAAAAUUGCCUCCUGAAGUUUUAGCACCUGUUACUGUUUCUAUAAUUAAUGGACUUGCAUUUUUGUGGGGAAAUAAAGUAAUGCACAGAGAUGUGAAACCGAGCAACAUUUUGGUAAAUUCUGCUGGCGAGGUCAAGCUGGCUGAUUUCGGCGUUUCAAAACAACUCGAACAGUCAAUUGCAAGAAGUUUUGUUGGAACAAAUGCGUACAUGGCUCCUGAACGUCUAUUAGGAGCUCCAUAUAGAAUUUGCUCUGAUAUAUGGAGCCUCGGCUUGACACUUUGCGAAUUAGCAAUUGGCAGAUUCCCGCUAGCCAGUUCGUCAGAGGCACUGCAGUCAGUUAUGCAACGAAUAUCGACUGGCAAUGUUGAUGUUUCAGAUGAACUUCGCAGUGAAGGGUGUGCCGCGGAUUUUUGUGAUGUAGUUCUUAAUUGCGUCAUUUUGGAAGAGGGAAAGCGUUGGCCUCCUGAUAAGUUGAUCGCGUGUCGUUAUAUUCGUCAGAAUGUACCAAUCAAUCAACAGGCAGUCAUUGAUUUUGUGAUACCAAAAAAUUUGUUGUUCAGUUUAAUGUAUGGGAAGCCAAAAUUCAUAUUUGGAAAUAGGCUAAGUCUAGUCUAUGGCGCAAUUACAGCUGACGACGAAACGAGUACAGUGGAAGCAUCAACUUCCUUUAACGAAAAGCCUCCAAAAGACGAUGAUCGGUUUUGUUCAACUGUCAACUGUUCUGAGUAUGCGUCAUGUCUGAGCUGUACGUUCCCAGAAUGUAAUUAUGGAGAAACAGUUGUGGCAAACUGUUUAGCAAAACCAACGUGUAAAGAACGAUUUUUUGGUCCAAAGUUGGCUCAUUGCCGUUAUUGUUGGCAGUUAGAACCUGAGGAUUACACAUGUAACCCGGUAAUAUUUGGAAUGAGAGCAGCACAGGUAAAGAAUUGCUCGAUCACAUCGGCAAGGCUUUUUCGUACUGUUUGUCAAGUUCAUCAGUCUGUAUUUUGCAAAGGGCGUCGUAUCUUUUUUAAAAGAAUACGCUGUAAUUGGUCUUCGGGUUACGUGUGGUGGAAAGCAAUGUUGUACUCAAUAAUUCUUGGUGGCUUCGGUGCUGAUAGAUUUUAUUUGGGCUUGUGGAAGAGCGCUUUUGGAAAACUUUUCAGUUUUGGAGGUUUAGGAAUAUGGACGGUGAUUGAUGUUAUACUUGUUGGAGUUGGCUAUGUUGGUCCUGCGGACGGUUCUGUGUAUAUAUGA